AUGACUACGUUUCCUCUGGAGGAGCUGAGCUGGACCAUCACCAAAAAUGCCAGCAUCGUGAGUCAAUAUCUGGCGGCACACCAGCUCCCUCAACCAUCAGUUCAUGGUGACGGUCCCAGUACGGUGGUCCCCAGCAAGGCUCCUCCAGCCAUCCAGCAAGCGCGACAGCAUCUCAUGGCUGCAUCGCUGGAGCUGUUGCAGCUGGCCAUUGGACCUAGCGAGUAUCUCCCAAACCUGGCGAUGGGUUUCCAAUACACAGCCACCCUACACUACCUCCUCCAGUUCAACAUCUUCCACCUGGUGCCUCUCCCCCCGGCCGCAGCCAUCAGCUACACAGACCUGUCGACCAUGUCAGGGAUCCCAGAACCACGGCUGAAGUCCAUCCUCCGCAUGGCCAUGACCAACAGUCUCUUCCUGGAGCUGCCCGAUACCCAACAUGUCACGCACUCAGCUACCUCAGCCUUUCUCUCCCGCAACCCCGACGCGCACACUUAUGCCUCUUACAUGUGCGCCAAAUCCGCCCCGAUGGCAUUGGAUAUGGCUGCCGCGCACCAAAAAUGGGGGGCAGGGACAACCAGUCUCUCGGAAACGGCGUAUAACGUGGCAUUUGACACCGACAUGCCCUUCUUCGAGCACAUCGGGCAGGAUGAAGCGCGGAUGAACCAGUUCGCCCGGUACAUGCGGAAUGUCCGGAGCAGCGAGGGGGUGGAUAUCAAUCACCUUGUGAAUGGAUAUCCCUGGGGACGGAUUCCCGAUCAAGCCGUGGUUGUUGAUGUCGGCGGAUCCACCGGGACAUCAUCCCUAGCCCUAGCGGAAUCAUACCCCCAUCUCCACUUCAUCGUCCAAGAUCUACCCGCCAACACCGAAACAGGCAAACAAAUGGCUCAAACACUAACCUCCGAACUAUCAGCCCGGUUAACUUUCCAAGCUCACGACUUCACCAAACCCCAACCCGUCCGUGGAGCCGAUGUAUACCUCCUCCGAAUGAUCCUACACGACUGGCCCGAUCGCGAAGCGGCACGCAUCCUGGGCAACAUCGCCUCAGCCAUGGAAGACAAAAAGUCCACCUCCCGACUGGUGAUCAUGGACACGGUACUCCCUACGCCGGGGUCAGCGCCGGUAUCGGUGGAGCGGAUAGUGCGGGCACGGGAUUUGACCAUGAUGCAGGCGUUCAAUAGUAAGGAGCGCGAGUUGGAUGAUUGGCGCGAUCUGCUGACGGCAGCGGAUGCGCGGUUCCGCAUUGUGGGGGUGGAACAGCCGGUGGGGAGUGCCAUGUCGGUGUUGGAGGUGGCGUUGUCGUGUUAUUCUGAGCAAGGGGAGGAUUUGCAACCCGCGGUAGCAGUAGUUGGCAUUGAGCAAUGCUGA